AUGUCUUUACCGCAGCGACCCGACGAGGCAUCGCCGCCGCGACGGGGCGAGCGGCGACAUGCACACCGAGACUCGCACCACCGUAGAAGGAGGACUUCGGACUUGGAGAACACGCGAUCGCACGAUCGCUCUAAUAGCAAGAGCGGCACCCAAGCCUACGCACGCGCGCUCCCCUCACCCGGCACUCCUGUGCCUAUGGAGCGCGAUCCCAUCAUGCGAGGGCAACCCACCUCUUCGGGGCCUGAGCUAGGCAGGAAGCGCAGUCUUAUCCGCCCUGAGCGCCAGCGAAUGGAUCCAAGCCAUCCCAACUAUCACUACAGCAGACAUGCUCAGCGCAUGGACGUCCACCCAUCGACGACAGGCAACGACCCCAUCAUGGAGGACCACUUAGAAGCUGAGACGGUGAGCUCAGACAGUACCGACAUCAAGCCUCCACACAUGCGAAAUGCCUCAGGCGGAGGCUACAACGACAAGCAGGCUCCGUUGGACGACGGAGAGCCCCAGAUACAACGCAAAUUGACACGGAGCAAGACAAUGGAGGCGCGCGAGAAGCAGCGCCAGAAGGAGCAGGAUAAGCUACGGCCACCUAGCCUGUGGAACGUCUACUGCGCCAUUGUCACCUUUUGGUGUCCGAACGCUAUCCUCAAGUGCUUUGGAAAGCCACAGAAGGCACAGCAGCGAGCAUGGAGGGAGAAAGUCGGACUAGUUAGCAUCAUCAUGCUAAUUUGCACAUUCGUUGGAUACCUUACGUUCGGUUUUACGGAAACUGUCUGCCCUUCUGGCGGCAACGCUCGCCUCAGGACGAACGAAGUCGGAAACGGAUACCUGAUUAUUCACGGCAAAGCCUACGACCUCGCCCAGUCCAAGCACCCUCGGGCCCGCGGCAUUCCCGAAGACGCCAAUGUUCUUUUUGAUCUUCCUGAGAAGAAUGGUGGCAAAGAUGCUAGCAUGUUGUUUCAGAAUGUCAAUGGAGCCUGCAAGGGACUCAUCACCGAAAAGGACAACUCUGGCAUUCCGACAACCGGUAACGGAGAUCUGGGUUGGUAUUUCCCGUGCCGGCUGUUCAACCAGGACGGGUCGUCUAAGCCCAACAACACUUUCUUGGAGUAUAAUGGUUACCAGUGCCAUACUUCGGACAGGGCUCGCAGGGGCUUCUACAGCCUCCGGAAUGCUGGCGACGUGUACUUCACCUGGGACGACAUUCGCAACAGCUCCAGAAACCUAAUGGUAUGGGGUGGUGAUGUGUUGGACCUCAACUUGCUCGACUGGUUCAACCGAACUCAGGUCAACAUUCCACCCAUCUUCGAUGAGAUCCGUCAAAAUCCUGCUGUUCGCGGUGUGGACGUCACCCGUGCGUACUCUUCUAGCUAUGAGAAGCAGGUAGCCCGUUGCUUCACCGAAACCAUCAAAGUCGGCUCUAUCGACACGGAGAGCAUCGGCUGCAUUGCUUCCAAGGUCGUGCUCUACGUUUCGCUUGUUUUUAUUCUGGCUGUUGUGAUGGCCAAGUUCGUCCUUGCCUUGAUCUUCCAGUGGUUCAUUAGCAAGAAAUUUGCUGCUACCAAUACGUCUAUUAGUCCAGCAGACUCCAAGCAGCGAAAGCAGCAGAUCGAAGAGUGGAGUGACGACAUAUAUCGCCCGCCGCCAAAGCUCAUGGACCCAUCCUCUGGCUCUGACCGCAGCAACAAGCGUGGUAGUACCUUCCUGCCGCAGACAUCAAGGUUUACCAGCCCCUACGCAGUCGACAAGAACGCAAAGACCCGCGCUCCACCAACAACUAUGACAAGCCAGAGUACGGCAUCUCGCGUCCUCGGAUCGAACAGUGGUAUGUACAAGCAACUGAAUGCUAGUCAUGGCACUCUGCCUAUGGACGGAAAGCACAAUGCGCAGUUCUCGGUACAAGAGUCUCGAUCUAGUCUACUUCUUUCUGGUAACACCGAAACCAACCGCUACUCGAGUGUUGAAGGCUCCGGACCGUCAGGUUUCACGCAUGAAGCAGUUGUACCUCAGCCGCCUCCAGAAUGGCAGCCUUUCGGAUACCCACUGGCCCAUACCAUCUGUCUUGUUACUGCGUACUCUGAAGGCCCAGAGGGUCUGCGAACUACACUCGACUCUAUCGCAACUACAGACUACCCAAAUAGCCACAAGUUGAUUCUCAUCAUUUGCGACGGUAUGAUCAAGGGUCACGGAGAAGAUUUGACAACGCCAGAGGUCUGUCUUGGUAUGAUGAAAGAUCACGCGGUAUUGCCCCACGAGGUUCAGGCGCACUCGUACGUUGCAGUCGCUAGUGGUUCGAAACGACACAACAUGGCCAAGAUCUACUCUGGUUUCUACGACUAUGGCGAGACAACCCGUAUUCCUGUCGAGAAGCAGCAACGUGUUCCCGUGAUGCUAGUCGUCAAGUGUGGAACACCCGAUGAGGCCAAAAAAUCGAAACCCGGCAAUCGUGGAAAGCGAGACAGUCAGAUCAUCCUCAUGUCGUUCCUGCAAAAGGUCAUGUUUGACGAGCGUAUGACGGAGCUUGAGUUUGAAAUGUUCAACGGUAUCUGGAAGAUUACUGGCAUUUCUCCCGAUUUCUAUGAGAUAGUACUCAUGGUGGACGCCGACACAAAGGUUUUCCCUGAUAGCUUGACGCACAUGAUCUCAGCCAUGGUAAAAGACCCAGAUAUCAUGGGACUCUGCGGCGAAACGAAGAUUGCCAAUAAGCGGGAUUCGUGGGUCUCCAUGAUCCAGGUGUUUGAGUACUUCAUCUCCCAUCACUUGGCAAAGUCGUUCGAGUCCGUCUUCGGUGGUGUUACUUGUCUGCCGGGUUGUUUCUGCAUGUACCGCAUCAAGGCUCCCAAGGGUGGUCAGAACUACUGGGUCCCGAUCUUGGCUAACCCUGAUGUUGUUGAACACUAUUCGGAGAACGUGGUGGAUACGUUGCACAAGAAGAAUUUGCUACUACUGGGUGAGGAUCGAUACCUGUCGACGCUGAUGCUCAAGACGUUCCCCAAGCGGAAACAGGUUUUUGUGCCGCAAGCCGUUUGCAAAACCACUGUACCGGACGAGUUCAAAGUUUUGCUGUCACAACGCAGACGAUGGAUUAAUAGUACGGUCCACAACCUGAUGGAGCUUGUGCUAGUGCGAGAUCUGUGUGGCACCUUCUGCUUCAGCAUGCAGUUUGUUGUGUUCAUCGAAUUGAUCGGAACUCUGGUCCUCCCAGCCGCUAUUGCCUUCACAUUCUACCUAAUCGCCAUCGCUAUCAAAGCCGCCAUUCUGCACACAGAAGCUCCUGUCAUACCUCUUAUUCUUUUAGCGCUCAUCCUUGGUUUGCCCGCGGUCCUCAUCAUCGUAACGGCUCAUCGAUGGUCUUACGUCGCUUGGAUGUUCGUCUAUCUGCUGUCACUGCCUGUUUGGAAUUUUGUGCUUCCGACGUACGCGUUCUGGAAGUUUGACGACUUCAGUUGGGGAGAUACUCGGAAGACGGCAGGCGAAAAGACGAAGAAGGCAGGUUUGGAGUAUGAGGGUGAAUUCGACAGCAGUAAAAUUACGAUGCGCAGGUGGCACGAUUUUGAAGCAGAACGGAGACUGAAGACACCAGCGGCGACAUCGGCUGGCGGAUGGCCACAGCAGCAACAGCAGCAGGGGUACGAUCAGUAUUAUGAUAAUUAG